AUGGCGGCAAGUUCGGGUUAUAAUGAUUCGGAUAUUGUCAUCGUAGCAGCGGGAAGAACGCCAAUUGGGAACUUAAAUGGUUGUCUUAGUUCUCUGAAAGCUCAUGAACUGGGAUCCAUAGUUAUUCGAGAUGUUUUAUCUCGUGCAAAGGUCUCGCCUUCUGACGUGUCAGAAGUGAUCAUGGGACAAGUUUGCACCGCAGGUCAGGAAAGUUUCUGAUAUUGUCCACAUAUACAAUAUUUUUUUUUCCCGUCGAUCUUUCAGAAGUAAUCUCCUCUUGUUUCUAAGGUGUGGGUUAAUAAGCCCAACUACUCGAAAAAACUCAUUACUUUAAUUACUUAUUUGUUUUUUGUACCAAACUUUUAAAUUUUAGAUUUUUUUGUUUUAAAAGUGUUUUAACAGACUACUAAAAUAAAUAUUGACGCAGCGGUGAGGUUUAGAUAAUUCAGGUUAAGUUCGCGGGAUAUCCCACAUUUUUUUCCAGUUUCCUGAUCCUUUAUAUGCUUUAUCCAGAGGGUUCGAAUUUUUUAGUGGAAACCAUAGUAGUGUUGGUGGGUCGUGGUGUGUUGGGUAAGGGUUUUAGUAGAAAAUUCCCCCGGGGGGGAGGGGGUUACUAGGGUUAAUUUUUGCUGGGUAUGUGCCACUGGCUUCUCAGAGCCCCUUCCCCAAUGUUAUAGUCUAUUCUGUGGCCAAUUAUAGACCCCAUCUUAGUCACUUUUGGGCAAAUAUGUAAUUUUCACGAUCGCAGCUUAGUCACUUUCUGUUAAUAUCUUCCUUAUCAAUCCUUUAAAUAGGUCAUCCUAAAAUGAAUUGGCCCAUUUUUUAAAUUGACUGAAGAACACUUUACUUUUCACCUACAGUUGAAACAUUCUGGUACGUUUUCUAACCGUAAUGAAGAACUGUAUUACCCUAAAAAUCAGAAAAUGUGUGACUCCAUUUUAGUAGCUCUAUUGAAAAUGCGACCUUAUUAUAGUCAAUCCAGUCGUGAAAAUGUGACCCCAUCCAGUGACACAUCCCCUUUAGCCUCUUUUAAGGAAGUACCCCCCUCCCCAGGGAAAAUUCCCUAAGCGACCACUCUAAAUGCGAAGGUAGAGUGGUCUCUUAUAGGAGAUGGUCACUAAUGUCAAACACAUGUACUGAUACUGAACUGAAUUAAAUACAAUUUCAAAACUACAAGAUAAGCAGUGACAUGAGGCUAAAUGUUCCUCUUUGGUACACUCCAAGAGUGCAUUCCCAGGAUGAUCUGGAUCAGGAUCAGUGUUUCAAGAACCCUCGGAUCAUGACAUAUCAAAGGACCUUAUGAAUCCCUGCCCAUAGUGGAUUCAUCAUUCCUUUGGUACAACAUGAUUCAAAUCAAAUGAUCACUGAUCACUGAUCCCCAAAGGAAUGCACUCGAAAAAGUAGCAUAGUACCAUACAUGCCAACUCUCCAGAAUUAUCCGGGAGUCUCCCAAAUACAGCACGGAUCUCCCGCUCUCCCGUAUGGGUCACCAUAUCUCUCAGAUAAAAUCAUCUUUUGAGCCUUUCGGUGCAUUAGGUUGAGAUUCAGCCCAUUUUUAGCCCAAAACCUGAAUUUUUCUUAUUUGCAGUAUGGUUUCUGGGAAAUUUUUGCACGUAUUUAGUCACUGUCUAAGAUUAUUUCUGGCAUUAAAACAAUGAUUUCAAAUUUUGAUAGUAUGUAAUUCAUGUAAGACUUCAUAUAAUGCAUGUCCUAAGUCAUUCCCAUUCGGGGUGGGGGGGUGGGGGAGGAGGUCCAUUGAAAUUCAGUGGGGAGAGUAGUGAAAAAAAAGAGAGCCUCCAGAUUUUAGAUCUUCAGAGGUUGGCAUCUUUGUGGUACAGUAUAACAAACACAAAUAUCAGACUUUAUAUUAAGGAGUCUCUUACAGCAGGUAAAAACAAUAGAAAAUUCUAAAACUGACAUCCCCAGCCAUCGUCACAGUAACUUGUAAGAGGCGGUCAUUUAUGAGAAGUUCCAGCUAUAGAAAGGUGCAUUAACCUUUUUGGAUAGAUGGUUGCCUUUGGAAGGUGGUAUAUCUUAUGUGAGGUUUUCUCAUCCCCUGUUUCCUGAGUCCCCUGGAGCUAAAACUUUAAUAGCAAGUAUUUUUAUCUGUAAGCUUGCAAAUUACUUCUACCAGUGCCUCUCAUAGUUCACAGAUAAUCAUUACUGAGUUCUGUUAGAGAGCAUGUAUAACAUACCCAUAAGAAAAUAUUGGGUUGUAAGAGAAACUCAAGAGGAGGUAGCAGCUGCCUGAAAGGCUAAAAAAAUCCUUUUUCUCCUCUUCCUCGUACGCAUAAAAGUGGUUUCUUAGGAAGAAUAACUUAUAAGCCAUUUUAUAGUUAACAGUGGAAACUGACAGACAUGUACUAUAAUGAUUAAACAUAAUAAAUUAUGAAUUUCAGGCCAAGGCCAGGGACCUGCACGUCAGGCAGCACUGCAUGCUGGGAUCCCAUCAUCCGUACCAGCAUAUGGUGUGAAUAUGUUAUGUGGGUCAGGAUUAAAGGCUGUGGCACUUGGUUAUCAAUCUGUAUCCAGUGACAAAACUUCUAUUGUUGUUGCUGGUGGUCAAGAAAGCAUGAGUCAGGUAAAUAUUAACCUGAGAAAAUGGCCAACAUUUUGCUUUGCUUCAACCAAUCAGGAGCCCUACCCAGAUCUGUUAGUGACAUGUCAUCAGUAAGAAAUUGCUGUGCUCAUUCCUCAGACAUCAUUUCACGGGGAAACCAGUGGCAUUGCAAAAUGUUGACUGUUUUCCAGGGUAGUUAAAUACACAAUUUAACUAUUUAACAAAAUGAAAUAAUUAAAAUUUUCUUUCAAAUGCAUGCAAGGUCAGGUUAGACCAUGCAGGCACCUCAAUUGUCCAAUAUUGUGCCACCUGAGUCCAGGUGAACAAGUUUUACUAAUACGCCUGGGAAAAUGUCUUGAAAGUCCUUGAAAAGUAAGUUUCUUGAAAAUAAUUAUGUUUUCUUCUUGAAAUAAUAAAUGCUGGAAUUUUGGCAGUUCUUUACACAUAAAUGUUUAAUGUUGCAAUCUAAUGUGUACAGCUGCACCUGUGCAGGAUACCAGUUUAGGGACUUGUUUUUGCAAGUAUAAGAUUGUUGUGUAACUAGAAAACUGAAGAUCCUAAGAAUUCGAUGGCAAUUUUAGUGUUCAAAAGUGUGGAAAUGAGAUACCAAAACUAAGAAGGUUCAAUAAAAGUGACAACUCUAUUUUUGAACUGUCCAUUUAUUUAAUGAAAUUGGCAGAUCAGAAAGCAAUGUGAGACAGGUUAAUGAAAAAUCAGCAAAUAGUCACGUAAGUUAAUUUGGCUGGAACUUUGGGAGUUUAGACCCAGGACCCAUAAAACUAUCGGCUAAUUUCUAAUAAAUAUAUUAUACUGUUACUGUCACAUUUUCAGGCCCCACACUGUUGUCAUAUGAGAUCACCAUUAAAGAUGGGUGAUGUUAAACUUGUGGACUCCAUGAUGUUAGAUGGUCUUAUUGAUGCAUUUCAUGACUAUCACAUGGGAAUUACAGGUAAGAAAAAUGGUCAGCGCUAUAAAUGAGACAUCAAAAUAUUUCAUAUGGAAGACAAUAAUAUUUGCGUUUGCAUUUUGUUCUUCAAAAACAAAACCACAGGUUGCUGAAAGCUUACUAAUUAAAUCAAACUCUUGUUGGAAUUGCUGAGAGACAAGUGGCUUAAAAACUUUCCAUCUAAAACCUCCUUUCAAAGUAUAUAAAGCUAAUUUCAGUGAAUCAGCAGAGAAAAUAUCUUUAAUCUCUUUUUUCUCCUUUGAGUUAGAACUACAGUUAACUAAAAUUUACCAUACUUCCCCACCCCCCUUUUUUUUUCUGUUUUUGUAGCGUAUGUAAUCCGUAAUGUAAGUAGUGCAAGUAGCUGGGAUUUUUUUUUUAUUUAUUUUUUUAAUUUAUUUUUUUUUUAAUAUAUGUAAAGCGUGAAGUGUAGCACUGUUAGUAGUGUAAGUAUCUCAUUGUAAGUAAGUAUUGCAAGUUUUGUAUUGUAACUAGAGUAUAGUAUUGUUAGUAGUGUAAGUAUCUCACAUUGUAAAUAAGUAUUUUUUGUAAGUAGAGUAUAGUUCUGUUAGUAGCGUAAGUAUCAUAGCGGGGCUCCCGCACGCGCGAAGCGCGCGUGGGACAGAGCCCCAUACCCAUGGAAUAUGGUCAACCUCUUUUCGUUUGGUUGUCACGUGAUUGACCGAGCGUACGUACGUACGUACGUACGUACGCGUCUACAGAUUGUAUGGGUGGGGUAGGGGAGACUAUCAAAAGGAAGGGAGGGGUGUCUCAGGCAUGUCUUGGCAAGUCCACAUCUUUAAUAUAGGACAUUAACAAUAUGGUCAAUUGACAGCUGUCCAAACAGGAUAGCCACUGACCAGUAUCCCAUGACCAUAUCGCGGGCUCAUGUGUCAACUCAUCGAGGUGACGUGAUUUAUUUGGAAGCUGUCCGCUGACCAGUUAACUGUUUUACUAGAUCGCGAACAACGUUCAAUCUCAUACUUUUACUAGUUUAGGAGCACAGGAAAACUGAUAAUGCACACAUAUUGGACAUCAAUGUUUUGAUCAAUUGACAGCUGUCAAAACAGAGUACCCGCUGACCAGUAUCACUUGACCGUAUCGCGGGCUCAGGUGUCGACCCGUCGAGGUCAAGUAUUUUUGAAGUUAUCCGCUGACAAGUAAACUAGUUUUCAAGUGAUCGCAGGCUCAAGUUCAAUUUUUUUUUCUUAAUUCAUAUGAAAUAUGUUGUGUUUAUGUGCUGCACAAUUAAAAUUUUGAUUGCAAACUGACCUCGGACGUGAAAAUUCAGCCAGCUGUUACAGGCAGGGAAGACAGUUGCUUUUGUUUUUUCUCACAAUGGUCACGUUGUUGGUCACGCUCACGUCCAAUUUUAUGCUCUGAUUGGUCAAAAUUUGACAGGUGAGUUCAUGCAUAAAAUUUAUGCAGCAUCUUGAAUCUUGUUUACUAUAACAGCUGAAGCUGACAGAGUUUUGUGUCAACUUGUGAUGUUUUUAACUGUCUUUUUCCACUGGAUGUACAAAAUGAAGUUCAGCUGCUAUCAGGAGUCUUCUGUUACUCAUGGCUAGUUUGUUUAUUGGGUUUUGGUUGAGAAAACGUCGCUUGUCAAAGUCGGAACCGAUUUCGGAUGGCAUCGUUUUCGUUUUCACCUUGCUUGAUGCAUAAGAGGAUUGCAAAGUCUGAAGCGAUACUGGCUUUACCUGAUAACUUUCAGGAGCUGCAUCUCGAAUGGUAAGCCAGAGAAAUUAUUGUAUUUCAUGUUUGUUUUUGUAUCUAAUUUAAUGAAGUGGGCGUAGUUUAUGCGGGAAUUUAGUUUAUGCACGUUUGUAAGAUUUGAGACAACGAUCUCACCGAGUAUCUGGUUUGAUAUAAUCUUACAGAACUUUAAAAAGCCUUUAGACAGUUUCUCACCGCAAAUAGAAAGAAAAUGUUCCAAAAAGAAUCUUUAGUUAUAAUUCCAGCCGGAAAAGAAAGCUUUGAGCGAUUUUCUUGCCUCGAGUUCGUCUUUGAAAAAACAAACACCGGGAAGCUGGCUUAAAACAUAAACUUCAGCAAACUUAAGCUUGAAGCUUGAAGAUUCAGGAUAUUUAGGAACACUUUAAUACUUGUCUUCCUGAAUGAAAAUUGUAGUCUCUGUUUAUGUUUCACCGAAUUAUAUUUCUUUUAUUGAUUGUUAGUAGUCUCUCGCAAUUUUAAUCGCUAUGCCGAUUGUUUUCAGUCGUUCAGUGAACAUCGCUUGCAGGAGUUCUCAAAAUGCAGCGUUAAACCAUCAAAUAAAAAAUAAACAUGAUAAAUUCUUUAUUAUCUUGGGCGUAACUCUGUUAAUGUUCAUUCAAACACUCGCUACAGCUCGCUUUACAAAAGUGAGAACCAGAUGGCCGUAUAGGUGAUUUUGGAAAUUUUUUUUAACAGUUUAUGAAUAUUGAAUGAGAGCAAUUUGUAUUGUGAAAUACUGCUUUCUGUCCAUGGUAUAAAAGGUUGGUUUACACGCACCCAGAUUUGUUGGCAAGAUUUUGCAAAGUAAACUUGUCGAACGCCAAAAACGUUGGCCUGGUUUUUUUCUAAGCCUAAUUGAUCUACGGUGAUCAAUAGCCAUUACGGCUCUUAAAUGUGAUAAAAGAUGAUUACCAGUUUUUGAGUGUACAUAUGAGGCUAUCAACUCGAUGUAAGAUUUGGUUCACUCUUGGGCUGUUUGCAAAUUAUUUUUCUCUAAAAUCAGGUAGCCUUUCCCUCAAAAGUCACAUAAAUGUGCUCUAAAGUUAACUGAAUUGUGGAAUUCGAAUACAAGUUUAUUGUUUAAUUUAAAUUAUAAAUUUACUAAUGGGAGCCUCGCUUUUAGCCCUGGCUAAAUCUAUAUAUUACAUUGUCUGUAAGUAAGUAUUGUAAGUAAGUACCUUGCAAUUGAAAAUAGAAAUUAAAAUUAAAAAAAAAAAAAGUUACAAAUGACCAAAGAAGCAUAACAUCACACAAACUCCCAAAACAUUAGUUCAUGAGAGAUUUUUCAAAUACAUUUUUUCAGCUGAGAAUGUUGCAAAGCAGUGGAAAGUCAGCAGGCAUGAACAAGAUCAGUUUGCUGUCAUGUCUCAAAACAGAGUAGAGAGGGCACAGAAGGAUGGCCACUUUAAUCAAGAGAUUAUCACCAUUCCUGUGAAAAUAAGAAAAGGUAAGAAAACAGCUAAGAGACAAACUUUUUAGAUUUCUUGUAGAGUAGAGCAGAGAUUUCUCAGUUGUAAGACACUAGCUUGAACUGAUGUUAAAAAUAGUAGCCGAGUUCUACAUAUUCUUUCGUUGCUUGUAGAUAACAACCUGUUUAUGAAUAAUUCACUGUAAAUGCAUUUUUUCAAGAAUUUAGCAUGCGUAGAAUUAGACUGCAAAACAGCCUGUACUUUUCGCAGGUCUAGAACACGCAAGCAGUCAAGCAAAAGUCUUUAUUUUCAAGCAAGUUUGAAAAUGGAGUGUGGUACUAAGGAGAGACUGACUUUUGGUUGAUACAGGAGCUUUCCCUUUCAGCUACAAUGAAAUUUGCUUAUUUAAUGCAGUUUAGGUCUCUUCUGCUAAGAUAAAGAAAAAAGGACAGAAACACAUGAAAAAGCAAACAAAAAAAGAGACAAAGUGAAAAGUGUAUUCAAUACAAAGAUUAUUUUAACUACUUGCAAUAUUGUCAAAUAGACUGUGUUCACUUACAGGUACAAUAGAAGUCAAAGAAGAUGAAUUCCCACGUCAUGGUACCACAAUGGAGGGCCUCGCUCGUCUCAAGCCUUGCUUUCUCCAAGAUGGCACAGGUACUGUGACUGCUGGGAAUGCCUCAGGAAUCAAUGAUGGCUCUGCGGCAGUUGUGCUCAUGACAUAUGCAGAGGCAACCAAAAGUGAUGUGGCACCCCUGGCUCGUAUUGUCUCCUGGGCUCAAGCGGGUGUAGACCCAUCUGUGAUGGGUACAGGGCCCAUUCCUGCCACUCGGAAAGCUGUAAGUUGGUAUGACAGUUAUUGUUUGGGGGUUGCUAGUGAGCAUAAAUAGUAUAGACCUUUUCACGGUUUUUCAACUUUUGACACGGACAAGUUAGGGGAAACCGUCGACACCACUGAAAGAGCGCCUUAAUAUUAGUAAAAUUGCCACAUUUGAAAGUGAUACGUCUUAACCGAGCAAAGAUAGAGCUUCGCAAAGUUGCGAAAAUUUAUAGACGUUUGUAUGUUGGGGGUCAAGUUUGUACCCCCCCCCUACAUACAAACGUCUGUAAAAAUAUGAACAUUAACUGCUUUGUCUCAUUGGGUCACUGCACAAAGAAGAUUUUGAUUUUAUGGGGGAAUGUUUGGCAUCAGCGGUAGAAGUGUCGGAAGUCGCGUGGGUAAAGUUUUCGCUUCGCAUGUUUCUCUGAUCGGUAUUUCACCAGACAUAUAUUUCAGUUGUCAAAGUUGUAUUUCCAAUAACUUUAUUUUUCGUUGAUAGCCAUUUUCGGCAGCAAUCAAGAAUAGCUUUUAGUUCCAACGCCCGGACCGCAUUUCUUUCACAUUUAAAGCGAUCUUUCAAGAAUCAUAUUAAAGAUAUUUUGUCUCCUUUUCUUUCAUCUGCAGCUUCAAAAGGCCAACUGGAAAACUGAAGAUGUUGACUUGUUUGAGCUAAAUGAGGCCUUUGCAGCUCAGUCAUGUGCUGUUAUUAAAGAUCUGGGACUCGAUCCGCAAAAGGUGCUUUGAAUAAAUAUAUACAUGAAACUCUUGCCUGUGGACCCCUCGUUAUCUCGCAAGAUUACAGAAGUUUGAGUGACAGUAAUCCUUAUCCUUUUAUUACAGAAUCACGGACACCGGCCUUUUCCCGCACAAUAGAGAUGAAUUAUCCACCUCAGACGGGUUAUCCCGUCGGAUAAUCCGUGUCAGCUGGAUACUGAUCCGUCUUAAUGAGAUCAAACGGACGGUUUUCACACAUUGGACCAACGGUGUGUCCGUUUAUCCGUCCAUUUUGUCGGAUUUAAAAAGACGGAUUAUCCUUAAUUUAUCAGCACUUUGUCUUUUCUCUUGGAUUUAUUACUCUUCUUUGCAGCGCAUAAUCUAAAACUGGUGUAGAUGAAAAUAGAAGCCACGCCUUUUAUGCAAACGUUUUCUGAGCAAAUUCUUUUUGUACCUCAGUAUUGUCUGUAGUGACGAAAACUAGUAGUGAUUCCCUACACAAUUACUGAAGAACAUCGCCGAAAAAAUCACUAAGCAUAGUUAUCAGCACUAACAACAAUGUGACUUAUUAUUAUUUUAAUAUUGUAUUUUCAGGUCAAUGUCAGUGGUGGUGCUAUAGCUCUUGGACACCCAAUAGGAGCGUCUGGAUGUAGAAUUCUUGUUACUCUGUUGCAUGGCCUAAAACGGACAGGUGGGAGAAGAGGGGUAGCUGCACUGUGUAUUGGCGGUGGCAUGGGUAUUGCUAUGUGCGUAGAAAGGUUAUGAUUAGAACUGGUACACAAAGAGGACAUUGUGAUUUGCCGCAAUUUGUGAUUGGCUUUGAACGGCUGAAAAAUCUCGCGCA